AUGGCGAGAGUCUGCGGUCUGAUGUCCACGACAAAGCUUUUGCCCGUGAGCGUGCAGAUCUUAGCACGCUUUGUUGGCCAGCUGUGCCCUUCGCUUUACCUCAGUACGGUGUCGAUCUUCGAGAACAACCAGACCCUUCCCCAUCGGGACAGCCACAACUCAGCCGAAUCGGUUAACUUCGUGUACGCGCUGAGCCGCUUCAAAGGAGGCCGCAUCUGGGUGCAGACGGCUGAAGGAGUGUCUCCCUUGCGCUACAAAGGGUCCGAGCUUUGGGGCGAAUACUGUGAUCCCCAACGUGUUGAAAGGCUCUCCCCAGAGGAUGCAGCGUGGCUCAGGCACCUCGGCUUCAGGAUUCCCCAGGCUGGAGGUGUUGAUUUCGACGGCCAGCUUGCGGCUCCCCCUUCUCAGGGCGACCUUCGGCCUGCAAUGCCUCGCGAGCUCUCCGUCUGCUUCUUUCCCGUCGGGCCAAGAGACUGGAUUCGAGACUGGUGCUCCCAAGUACUCCUGCGCUGGGAGAUCUGCCUCUCACCGAGCCAGUUUGCUUUCUCCGAGGUCUUCUCCUCCCUUCAAGAUGCCGACCUGCUGGAGCCGGGAGUACAACAACAGGUUAAGGACGUUCUGCAGAGCGGCCAGGUCCGUGGGCUGUGGGCGGGGCCAGUUUGUUCAUCCUUUUCGAGCACGCUGACGCCUCACUGGCGCACUGCCGAACACCCUGAAGGAUUGCCUACGGCCUCCUGCGAGCAACGCCGGAAACUUCAGCGGGGCAACGAUUUCCUUCAGCUCUGCUUCGACUUGCUGGAAAUUUGCGUUGCGGAGGACUUGCUCUACUUCGUCGAGAACUCCGAGACUUCGAGAUUCUGGUUUCAGCCAGGGUGGGCGAAGCUGGAUCUCGGACCAAGUUCAGGCGACUUCGUGACUGACUUCUGCGUUUGGGGAACUCCCUGGAGGAAGGCCACCCGGUUCCGUACAAACUCCUCCCUGCGAGGCUGCAAGCUGCGAUGCGCCUGUCAGCGAAAGCAUGUACUUCUGCGUGGCCGAUGCCGCGCUCGCGUCAGCUGGACUAAGCUUGCGGAACCCUACCCGUCGAAGCUCUGCACUUUUCUGGGCACCGCUGUUUCAAGUGACGCAGGACUACUGGGAGAGUACAGAAAGCUGGACGUUCCCGCCUGUGCUAAGUGCUGCGGAGCUCGGAUUGGGGAAGCCGGCCACCCAGGACCACGCUGCUCCUUGCGCAACGGGGUCCCCGGAGCCCUUGGAGCUGUCCAGCUCCUUGAGCCCGAAACGAUCCGUUUGUGUGAAAAGCACUGGAAUGCUUUUCUUGAGUAUCUCGCUACAGCUCUUACAGAAGAGGAUGUACAGGCUGCCUUCGCUGUGCCGGCCUCGCUACUGACUGCCUACGCUGAAGUUAUGUACGAUGCAGGUGCCUCUCUGCAUUACUAUCGUCAGCUGUUGGCCCACGUCCAAAAGUCUUACGCGAGCGUCAGACCUUUUCUCAGGCCGGCGUGGGAAGCUGUGACCAAGUGGGAAACUUUGGAACCGGUGAGCCAUCGCCCUCCCCUGCCUCUGCCGAUCAUCAAGGCGAUGAUCGGGCUCGCGAUAACUUAUCGCUGGCACCGCUGGGCUUCAGCUACAGCCCUCGCUUUCUUCGGCGUCUGCAGAGUUGGUGAGGUACUGAAUGCUAGGCGGUCGGACCUUUUUCUGCCCUCUGACAUUUUAGAGGAGAGCUUUAAGAUCCUUCUGCAAAUCCGAAAGCCGAAAUCUCGCAGGCGAGGCGCCCGCAUUCAGCAUGCGACCGUUCAUUCCGACGAGCUUUUCUGUCAGUACAUUAGCUCCGUGCUUGGAGCUCUCUCGAGGAGCUCUCUGGUCUACGGUGGCUCCCCGGCUAUGUACCGCAGACGCUGGGAUCUCCUGCUUGAGCGACUCGGGAUUUCAAAACGCUUUCGUUUGACGCCGGGCAGCCUCAGAGGCGGCGGUGCGCUCUAUGCGCACUGCCAAGGAGACGGCGGCGUCAUCGAUCGUUCCUUCGCUGAUGAAGCGGUCAGCCCGGCGCACUUCGUGCAAAAGCUGAUGCAGCUUCUUUACGCCGUGGCCGAG